AAGAACUUGGCUCUGCGCUGGAGGAGGCUGUCAAUGAAGAUCUCCCUCUGGCGUUCGUCGAAGAACGAGUCAAACUCACAAAUUGGAAGAACGCAGUCGACACCACUCUGGACAAGGGGGCUUUCAAAAGCUACCCCGAGACCACGGCAGGCCUUCUUAGGUUAAUAAGAAACAAGGUUCACCACUUCGAUGAAAUUCCUGAGGAGGGAAAAGAGAAGGCUGGCAACGACACAAAUGGAAUGGUCAACUACAUCACUGGCGAGUUCCCGACACUUCUUCUGCACGUGUGGCUGGCAGUAGCAAGCAUCAGCAGCGAUUUGAACACCUUGAGUCGCUUCUACAUGGAGUCAAGACCUCCAAAGAAGCUGGUGCCACAAGGGCAGAAGGAGGGCGUCGAGAUGCAGGUGUUGCUACAGAAGGUACAGGUGCGCGAACUGGAGGACCGACUGAACCAAGCGCUGGUCGACCAGAAGAGGGCGGAGGAUGACCUGAAGGAAUCGCGCGCCAUUAAUACGGCCACGGAGACCAGGCUGCGCGAGACUAAAGCGCGCAAUGACCACCUCAUCAGCAAAACCAGCGACCUGGAGCAGACCAACGCCUCACUGAAGAAGCGUUUGCACGAAAUGGAGCGCACACUGGAUCACGAGCGGUCGUCGAGCAAGGACAAAGAUGAGGAGAUAAAAAGUCAACAGGAGCAGAUGCAGCAGCAAAAGGAGAAGCAACAGGCUCUGAUGAACACCAAAGUUGCACUAGAUGCGGAGAUAUCUGCCUUUAACAAGCUGCUCGAGUCUAGGAAUACCAGCAUAAAGAAGCUAUGUUUCACGCCGGGCCUGAGCGAGAAAUCGCUGACAAACAUCCUGCAGAAUUCCGAGGGUAUGGAGGAACUGACCGUGACUGCACCCUCCGACUCAACGGGGCAGUGGGUGCGACUACUUCCACCGUCCUUGCGGAAACUGGACGUUUUCGGACCGGGGGAGACGGGGGAGUCGGUGACACUGGGAAGACGGCCCGACCAUGGGCUGGUGGUCGUCAUAAAACAGGCGGGAGAUGACGUCAUCAACCAGCUGGCCAAGGAGCUGGGACCACGGGUUACCGCGCUGACCAUGUUCAGCUGCCCGCGUGUCACUGCCGGGGCCCUACAGGGACUGCUGUCCGCCCUCACCGGCCUGGAAGACGUCACACUUAACGGCUCUCUGUCCGGCGCCAUCACUGACGCCUCACUGGCUGCCCUCCACGGCUGCUCCCAGCUGCGUAAAAUGCAGCUGGGAGCGCCCAGUGAACUCUAUACGGAUAUACCGGUCACAGCGGUCAGCAGACUGGCGUUUACCUGUCGGAAACUGGAGGCGCUGAUCUUUCACGCAAUGGAGGAGCUCAGUCAGAGGGUCCUGGACGCCCUGGUCAGGGCAGACCUGGGGAAAAGCGAUGACGGCACGCCGAGAACACUGAGGUUCAAUGUCCCGGGUGAGUGA